AUGUACGACCAGAUGGUGAGCCGGCAGCAGCAGCAAACAGCAGCAGCAGCAGCAGCAGCAGCAGACGAAGAAGACUCGAACCUCUACAAAGACAGCGACAGCCAAGAAGAACAGUCCCCAGGAAACGGCCCCGCCGACAGGCCCCUUUGCCCCGAAAACGAGCGCUGCAGCAAAGAGGAGUUCGAGCGCUGGGCUGCUGCUUUUGCUGAAGAAAUGAUUUCAAAAGGCAUAUGGGGCAGCAGCAGCAGCAGCAACGUGGUCACGGGCAAGCAGCUGUUCCUGGAGAAUGCUGCUGCAGCAGCAGCAGCAGCAGACGAAGAAGAAGCAGCAGCAAGCGCUGCCUUUUGGAACGAUGCUGAUGUUUUCGAACGAGACGCCAAAGGACUUUCAGACGAGGAGGACUGA